AUGGACAAUAACCAACCACCACAUGGCCUCACCCCACAAGAUUUCUCCGAGCUACAACCCCUUAUUCAAACCUACCACACCUUCGACCCAACCCCACCAAACACAUGCACUUCUCUCAUAACCCAGCGCAUCGAUUCUCCAGCCGACUUUGUGUGGCCUUUCGUUCGACGUUUCGAUAACCCCCAGAAGUACAAGCACUUCAUUAAGAGCUGCAACAUGACUGGCGACGGCGGUGUCGGUAGCAUAAGAGAAGUCACCGUCGUCUCGGGAAUUCCGGCGUCUACGAGCAUCGAACGGCUGGAGAUUUUGGAUGACGAAAGGCAUAUUCUGAGCUUUAGGGUUGUGGGUGGUGAGCACAGGUUGAACAAUUAUCGAUCUGUGACGUCGGUUAAUGAGUUUAAGAAUGAUGGGAAGGUUUACACCGUUGUUUUGGAGUCUUAUAUUGUUGAUAUACCAGAAGGUAAUACUGGGGAGGACACAAAGAUGUUUACAGACACGGUGGUGAAGCUGAAUCUUCAGAAGCUUGCGGUGGUGGCCAUGGCCGCUUUGCAUGGACAUGAAUAA